CGCGACGGGAUUUAAGGGAUUCGGUACCGAAAUCCGAGUUUUUCAGCAACAACCAGGAUUACCGGGUAUUGGUCCUAUGGGAUCCCGUCCCGGGAAAGAUCUCGGAUUUGCUAUUUUGCCAUACUCUAGUUUUUCUGUCAUCAAGCAUUGUUUUUGUCUAAUAAAUUUUAUUUUUAGAUUUAAACGAUAAAAAAUGUUUCCAAAAAUUCUCAAGUGUAUUCCGGCUGUCAAAGUUGCAACAACUCUUCAAACAACGAAUCCGGUGCUUUUCUUGCAAGCGCGAGGUGUUAGUAGGCGCCCACAUGAGAUUUGUGCGCCUCCUCAGCGUCAUAUGACCUUUUUUCAACACGCUGCACUUUUUUCGUCUUUGGUUCUUCUGAUGCUCUCAUAUCCAACUUAUCUGUUGUGCAAUCUUGACAAUCUCCGUGAUCUUCCACCGCAGGAAUUUUCUGACGAAGUGAAGGCCGAGUUGGAAGAGCGUAGGAAGCUUCGUGCUGAGGGCAAAUUGAACGUUUUGGUUGCUAAGACUUGAAGAAAGUUAGGAGCAAAAAGAUGAUAGGAAAAAAAGUAUUUUUUUAAAGUAAAGGUUGAAUUGGAAUAUAUUUUGUGUAAUCUUUUUGGAUAGAUGGGAUAAAAAAUAAUUUUUAAAUUGGUGAAUAAAGGCUGGGGAAUGUGGUUGGGGAUUGGCCAGAGACGGGGAUUUUACUGAAUUUGGAGUUCAGACAGGUUUUGGACUUCCUUCGAUUUUUCUUGGACUCGGCAUCAGGUCCUGGCCAACCCGCCCUAAGCUAUUGGCCAACUAAAUCAGAGACCCAAACACUAAGAAAAUCCAAUAGACUCCAUCAAAGACUUUUUUCUAUUUUUAAAAUUAUUUUUAUUCCAUUAUUGUUC